GAGAAAAUACAAUUUAAAAUGUCUGUCAAAAUAAAAAAACAAAAGAAGACUAAGGGUAGUUUAAAUAAAUCCCUGAAAAAAGAUGAAACAACCACAAAUUUAAACGAAACAGUUUUAAGUGAUAAAGAGGAAGAAGCUGUCGGAGAAAUUGUUGCUGAUAAAAAUGAAGAAGUAGAUGAUGGCUCCGGCUUGGCUCAUGAAAGUCCUGUGGAAGAAGAUGAUGACGAUGAUAUGGAUUUGGGUAGUUUACGUAAAUCCGGCUUAGAAAAAAUCAAAAAGAAACGCAAGAAGGGCAUUAUUUAUGUAUCCAACAUACCCAAACACAUGAAUGUUACACGCAUCAGAGAGUUUUUAGGAGAAUAUGGUAAAAUUGGACGUGUAUAUUUGCAACCGGAAAAAUUACCAGGAGGUCCUGAUAAAAAGAAGAAAAAGCGUAAACCCUUUGCCCGCCACUUCACUGAAGGUUGGGUGGAGUUUGAGUCAAAACGUGUGGCCAAACAAAUUGUACCUUUAUUAAAUAAUAAACAAAUUUCCUCACGUAAGAAGUCACAAUUCUUCGAUUAUCUAUGGAGCAUGAAGUACUUACCACGUUUCAAAUGGUGCCAUCUUACCGAACGCAUGAACUACGAAACGGCCGUUCAUAAACAACGUCUGAUGACAGAGGUCUCACAGGCACGCAAAGAAGCCACAUUCUUCCAAAAUAAUUUGGAUAAAAGUGAAUUUAUUAAGAAAAAAGAAAAGAAUAAGCAAAAAAUGGAAGAGAAAAAAUUAAAGAAACAACAGGGAGAAGUGUAAAUAAAUAAGGAAAUAAAAACAAAUCGAAAUGUGAAUAUUAAA